UAAUGCCGAGUUAAAAUAGUAUUUAGUUGUCGACUGUUGGCAGUAACGAGCUGACCACCUCAAUUACACAAUGUUAAUUAAGGUGGUUACUCUGUCCUUGCUGCUUUCAUCUCUAACACACUGCUCCAAUGAUCUUGUUGACUAUUAUGUCGAAUUGAUUCAAAAUGAAUCUCAAAGAGCGUACCACGGACUACCAACCGAUGCUUCAGAGUUCCGAUCACUGGACAACUCCCCAAUGCAUUUAGAUUAUGGAAAAUUCGAUUACAUAAUUGUUGGGGGUGGAUCCGCGGGUGCAGUAAUCGCAAACCGUCUGUCUGAAAAUCCCAAAAGGAAGGUCUUACUGAUUGAGGCUGGCGGACUUGAAACAAACUUCACCGAGAUUCCAUCUGUAAACGUAUUUUCUAUGGGAUUAGAGUUCAAUUGGAAUUAUAACACAACGCCUCAAUCUAAGGCUUGCUUGGGAAUGUUCAACGAAGAGUGUUCCUAUCCUGUUGGUAAAGGACUGGGAGGUACCAGUAUUAUUAACGCAUUGAUGUAUGUCAGAGGUAAUCGCAGAGACUUUGACAACUGGUACCUACAAGGAAACCCCGGUUGGGCGUACAAAGAUGUUUUGCGCUAUUUUAUUAAAUCCGAACGCUCCCAUGUGAAUGGCGAUGUUGGUUACCACGGUUACGAUGGAUGCUUAAAUGUUGAGUAUAGCAAACCAGCGAGUUUAGAACUAGAAGCGUUUCUACAAGCUAAUAUCCAGUUGGGUCGCAAAGUUGUCGACUACAACGGAAGGGAGCAACUAGGCGUGGCGCAAACUCAGCAUAAUACCAAAAACGGUAGAAGACACAGCACGUGGCGUGCGUUUCUUCAGCCAGUCAUAGACAGGCCUAACUUAGAAGUAGUCACUCACAGCCUUGUGACUAAAAUACUUAUAAACAAAGAGAAGAAGGCUUACGGCGUAGUUCUCAGCGGAAAUGGACGAUUGCGCUACGCUACGGUAGAAAAAGAAGUAGUUGUGUCUGCAGGAUCGAUAGCUUCCCCUCAGUUACUGAUGCUUUCAGGCAUUGGCCCCCGCCAACACCUAGAAAACCAUGGCAUUUCCGUGAUAGAACAUUUAUCCGUUGGUGAUAACUUUCAAGACCAUGCCACGUACUUCGCGCUACAUUUCACCACUAACUACUCAGAACCUGAUCCAGAGCUCGAGCAAAACGUAAGAGACUACUUGAACGCAUCCGGCCCGCUAACAAUUCCUGGAAAUUCGCAAGGGCUGGGGUUCUUCCGCACAAAACUGUCUAAAAUACCAGGCUACCCGGAUAUAGAGCUAAUCAUGAAUCCGUCAGUUAGCACAGGCACGACCACCCAGCAAGUGUACCACUACAAUGAUGAAGUGAUGGAUACGAUUUAUAAGAAUAUGAAUCCCAGCAACACCUUUAGCAUUUACGUAAUGCUCCUCCAUCCGAAAUCACGCGGAAGCGUUCGGCUCAAAUCGAAAAGCCCAUACGAAUACCCACUUAUUAAUCCGAAGUUUUUCUCCGACGCCGAAAACGAGGAUAUAGAAACGAUGUACCAGGGAAUUAAACUCGCGAUGGAAAUUGUGAAUACGGCCCCAUUUCAUAGGAUCGGAGCGAAGCCUUUGUACGCUCCACUGCCCGCUUGCAGGAGGUACCGAUACUUAUCUAGGAAAUACUGGUACUGCCAGAUACGGCAUUUAGCAUCGCAUAUCUAUCAUCCGGUAGGUACGUGUAAAAUGGGACCGAAUCCGUUCAAAGGGGCUGUGGUUGAUCAUGAACUAAAGGUACACGGUGUCGGUAAUUUGAGGGUCGCAGAUGCUAGUAUCAUUCCAGAGGCUACUAGCGGGCAUACAAACGCUGUCGCUAUAAUGAUCGGUGAAAAGUUAUCUGAUUUAAUAAAGGCUACUUACGAUUAGCUUUUG